GCCCGCUCGCGGAGCCACCAUGUCCACCGCGUCCUCCAGUUCCUCUCAGACCCCUCACCCCGCGCCGCAGAGGAUGCGGCGCAGCACCGCUGGCUCCCCGCCCGCCGCUGCCGGGAGCGGGAGCGGGCCGGCCGGGAGCUGCGCUCCGGGUGCGGGAGCCGGCCGGCUGCUGCAGCCCAUCCGCGCUACGGUGCCCUACCAGCUCCUGCGGGGCAGCCAGCACAGCCCCACGCGCCCGGCCGCCGCCGCCGCCGCGCUCGGCAGUCUCCCCGGGCCCGGAGCGGCCCGCGGCCCCAGCCCGUCCAGCCCGACUCCACCGCCAGCCGCUGUCCCAGCCGAGCAGGCGCCUCGCGCCAAGGGCCGCUCGAGACGGUCCCCCGAGAGCCAGCGGAGGAGCAGCUCACCUGAGAGACGGAGUCCCGGCUCGCCAGUGUGCAGAGUGGACAGGCCAAAAUCUCAGCAAAUUCGAACCUCUAGUACAAUAAGGCGAACGUCUUCUUUGGAUACAAUAACAGGACCUUACCUCACAGGACAGUGGCCGCGGGACCCUCACGUUCACUACCCUUCAUGCAUGAAAGAUAAAGCAACUCAGACACCUAGUUGUUGGGCAGAAGAGGGGGCAGAAAAACGAUCACAUCAGCGCUCUGCGUCAUGGGGAAGUGCUGACCAACUGAAAGAGCAGAUUGCCAAGCUGAGGCAACAGCUACAACGCAGCAAGCAAAGUAGUCGGCACAGUAAAGAAAAAGAUCGACAGUCACCUCUCCAUGGCAACCACAUAACAAUCAGCCAUACUCAGGCUAUUGGAUCAAGGUCAGUCCCUAUGCCUCUGUCAAACAUAUCCGUGCCAAAAUCAUCUGUUUCCCGUGUGCCCUGCAGUGUAGAAGGAAUAAGUCCUGAACUUGAGAAGGUAUUCAUCAAAGAAAGCAGUAGUAAAGAAGAAGUGUCCAAGCCUUUGGAUAUACCAGAUGGACGAAGAGCUCCACUCCCUGCUCACUACAGGAGCAGUAGUACUCGCAGCAUAGACACCCAGACUCCUUCUGUCCAGGAGCGCAGCAGUAGCUGUAGCAGCCACUCCCCUUGCGUGUCCCCAUUUUGUCCCCCGGAAUCCCAGGAUGGAAGUCCUUGUUCAACAGAAGAUCUGCUCUAUGAUCGUGAUAAAGACAGUGGGAGUAGCUCACCGUUACCCAAGUAUGCUUCAUCUCCCAAACCAAACAACAGCUACAUGUUCAAACGGGAGCCCCCAGAGGGAUGUGAGCGGGUGAAGGUCUUUGAGGAAAUGGCGUCUCGUCAACCUAUCUCGGCCCCACUCUUUUCAUGUCCUGACAAAAACAAGGUUAAUUUCAUCCCAACUGGAUCAGCUUUCUGUCCUGUGAAACUUCUAGGCCCUCUUUUACCUGCCUCUGACCUGAUGCUCAAGAACUCACCUAACCCUGGUCAAAGCCCGGCUCUGGCGACACUAACCGUAGAGCAGCUCUCUUCCCGGGUCUCCUACACAUCUCUUUCUGAUGACACCAGCACAGCAGACUCCCUGGAGGCCUCUGUCCAGCAGCCAUCUCAGCCACAGCAGCUCCUACAGGAUCUGCAGACAGAGGAACACAUCUCCACUCAGAGCUAUGUGAUGAUCUAAAGCAGAGGGGGAGCUGGCCUCCACCCGUGUUCCAUGGAUUGGGAAUGGGAUCUCAGACAGCUAUCUGCAUGGAGUGACAAACUUUCUGAACACCAACAACAGCAAAAUACUUCGCAUCAUAAAAUAGCUAUUAACACUGAUCUUGGCAGGGACCGACUCCUAUUCAGCAGUUUUUGUGGAAAGCAGUAAUGCUUGCAAAAUAUGUGUCAUUCAGCAUUUAAGUGGAGACUAUGCAUUUCAUAGUAUGUCUGACAGACUAGUACUGUGUCCUGUGUUUUGUUCCAAAUUUUUCAGUAUGAAUAAGCUCCAUUUCAAAAAGUUGCCUGUCUAAAUAGAAAAUGUCUUGCUGUGUUUUGUCCUAUGGAAAAUGCUGUCCUUCAGGAUUAUGUUUACAAUUGAUCCAGGUGUUUG